GCGAGCGACGAAGACCGGAACACAGCACAACACACCCCAAAAGGCCAAAACCCCCUGUGCCGCCGGCGUACGGGCUCCAGUCUCCACUCUUCAACUCCUCGCGGUCUCCGUGCUGCUGCUGCUGCGGGGGCGCCGCGGCACCACGGUCAGCGAGAUGGCCCCCAACCGGCGGGUUCCCCACCUCCUCGCGCUCCCACUCCUGCUGCUGCUCCUCGCGCAGGCGCCGUCCCCGGAGGCGGCCGAGUCCACGCCGGGGACCCGUGCGCGCAAGAUCGGCGGCUCGGGCGCGUCCUCGGUGUUGUCGCUCUUCAACCUCAAGGCCAAGAGCAAGUUCUGGACCGAGUCCGUCAUCCGCACAGAGUUCGAUGACUUGGAAGGCUCGGCGUCGCGGGCCUCUAGCAAAAUGGGGAUACUCAACUUCACAAGAGCUGUUAAUAUUGCAAGCUAUAUGAACCUGGCGGAGGUUGAUUCCAUAUAUCUUCCGAUCCCUGUGAACUUCAUCUUUAUUGGAUUUGAUGGAAAAGGAGGCCAUGAGUUUAAGUUGGAGCCUGAAGAAUUGGAGCGCUGGUUUACAAAAAUAGAUCACAUAUUUGAGUACACAAGAAUCCCUCCAGUUGGUGAAGUUCUCACCCCGUUCUAUAAGACUACUGUUAAGAAGCUUCGACAAUAUGAGCUUCCUUUAGUCAGCCAUGUGAACCACAAUUUUUCCGUGCAUGCGAUACAUAUGGGAGAUGUCUUAUCUGUUUUUGAACAUGCUAUCAAAGUUCUAUCCCGUAGAGAAGAUCUUGCGGACUCCAGAGAAAAUGAAGAGGGCAGUUUGCAAGUGGACAGUGCUCAAAUGGAACACAUAUUUUCGACUCUUGUUGAUCACCUUCAGAUACAAGAAGCUUACAAUAUCUUCAUUCUUAAUCCGAAGCCUAUUAGUAAGAGCAUCAACUAUGGUUAUCGGAAAGGCUUCUCUGAGGCUGAGAUCACCUUGCUCAGGGAGAAUAGGACCUUGCAAGCUCGGAUACUCCAAUCUAAAAGUGACAACAAACUCUAUCUUGAUAUCGAGAAGGGAGUCAAUAGAAAGCCCUUAUAUGAAAGUCAUCCUCUAUCAUCAUUUUCUUGGGCCACAACUGACAAUAUGGAUAUGGGGGAUUGGUCAAAGAAAUGCAAGGAAGCAUUAAGCAAGUUUGAGCUGCUGAAGGAAGGGAAGAGUAAAGAUGACAUCGUUUAUGACAAAGCUGUGCAGAUAUUACAUGGCACAAGGGAUGAGAUGCAUGACAUUCUAGAAAAUGCACUGAAGUCUAGUGGUUUAAAGGGUCUACAUGCUGAAUGCCUUACAGAUACAUGGAUAGGCAGAGAAAGGUUUGCUUUUGUUGAUCUGAGCGCAGGGCCAUUUACUUGGGGCCCUUCUGUUGGUGGUGAUGGUGUUCGCACAGAACUUAGUCUACCAAAUGUUGCAAAGACAGUUGGGGCUGUUGCAGAAGUUACUGAAGAAGAAGCUGAAGAAAAAUUGCAAGACACAAUCAGAGAGAGAUUUUCAUCCUUUGGGGAGGAUUACCACGCUGUGGAUAUCCUAUUGGCAGAGAUUGAUGUGUAUGAACUUUUUGCUUUCAAGCAUUGUGUGGGAAGAAGGGUACAGCUUGCCCUUUGCAAAGAACUUGAUGAGAGGAUGGGUGACCUAAAAAAUGAAUUGGAGGGCUACAAUACUGGAGAUUCUGAUGAAAUUAACAAGAAGAAAGCUCUUGAUGCACUGAAGAGGAUAGAAAGCUGGAACUUAUUUAGAGAUACUAAAGAGGAACAUCAAGGUUACACGGUGGCUCGUGAUUCAUUUCUUGCACACCUUGGAUCUAUGUUAUGGGGUUCUAUAAGGCACGUUAUUGCUCCUUCCGUUUCUCAUAGAGCACACCAUUACUACGAGAAGUUAUCGUUUCAGCUGUACUUUGUGACACAAGAGAAAGCCAGGAGUAUAAAGCAGUUACCUGUUAAUGUUAAAUCCAUCACAGAGAGCCUGAAUUCUGUGUUGUUACGACAUCAGAAGUCAAUGUUCAGCCAACACUUGCUGUCAUUGUCAGAUGAGCCAGCAUUGAUGAUGGCGUUCUCGAUGGCACGUCGUGCAGCUGCAGUGCCACUUCUGUUAGUCAAUGGUACCUAUAAGUCAACAGUUAGUACAUACCUUGAUUCUGCUGUUCUCCAACAUCAGCUACAGAGGCUAAGUGAGCAUAAUUCAGUUAAAGGAGGACAUUCAAAACACAGGUCAACGUUGGAGGUCCCAAUAUUCUGGUUCAUACAUAGUGAACCUCUAUUGCUGGACAAACAUUAUCAAUCCAAGGCUCUCUCAAACAUGGUAGUAGUAGUUCAAUCUGAUGAUGAUUCUUGGGAAAGCCACUUGCAGUGCAAUGGGAAACCCAUCUUAUGGGAUUUGAGGAAACCAGUUAAAGCCGCUAUUGCUGCAACUGCUGAGUAUAUAUCUGGUCUACUUCCUUCACAUCUGGUUUAUAGCCAUGCUCAUGAAACUGCAGUCGAGGACUGGACCUGGUCUGUGGGUUGUAAUCCCUUAUCUAUCACUUCUCAUGGCUGGCAACUUUCGGAAUUCCAGCAAGAUGUGAUUGGUCGUAACUACAUUAUUACUUCAGUGGAGGAAUCCAUACAAAUAGUCAAUUCAGCAAUUCAACGAUUGGUAACAGAGCGUGCUACUGAAAAGGGCUUCAAAAUUUUCAAGGCUCAUGAAAGUAUGAUGAUUGAGAAAUACAAUGCUGUUGUUAGCUUGUGGAGAAGGGUCUCAGCUAUGUCCAAAGGAUUAAAAUAUGGCGAUGUGGUAAAGCUUAUGUCUAUGCUUGAGGAUGCUUCAUAUGGGUUUUCUAGUGCUGUGAACUCCACCAUUUCAAGUCUACACCCUGUCCAAUGCACCCGUGAAAGGAAACUUGACGUGCAGCUAGACUUGACAACUUUUCCUGCCUUUCUAGCUGUCUUUUUGUUGCUUUGGUUUCUUCUACGACCAAGGAGGCCAAAGCCUAAGAUCAACUGAACAUCGGAGUUUUGUAGCUUGCUACGCAACUAAUGAGCAGGGUAGAGUUAUUGUGAAUAUGCACAAUAUGGAUUACAUUUACAGGUGGUGCUGGAGCAUGGCUAGGGAAUUCCAAGUUUCAAAACACAGAAAAUGACGGCAGUAUAUGUACGUGAACCAGAUCAAAGAUUCUGCAGCUUACAGUCUUGCCCCUUUUCCAAUUUGUAGCAGGGCUCAAAUGUCAUGAUUUUUGUGCUCAAAACUUUAAUUUGCCCGUACUGUAAUGUUAGUCAUUCUUGCAAAUCGAUAGAUGAGACUUACGGUAAACGUUAACAGAUAGUGGUUCAUCAUCUGCCAGUCAUCUGGGAAGUUGCUGGUACCAUCCAGUUGUCUGUCUCCAGCCGAUUACAUGUAAAAUUUCAUUUGCAAGUUUGAUAGAAACGGGCUCAGCCUUUUUUU